AUGGAAACCCUAAUUUCAAGAAAACUAUCACCUUCAGAGAUCUCUGUCAACUCAGAAAAAACUCCAAAUAACAAUGAAUCAUCAGAAACAAAGCAACCCAGAUCAGAUUUUGAUCUUUUCUUUAAUAAAAAGAUGAGCUAUAAUGGCGAUACAGUUUGUGGAUCUGAAGUUGAACUGAAGCUGUUUAGCGGUGGCUCUUCAUUUCAAGGCAAUGAGUUGUUAUCAUCCAAUGAAACAGUAAGCAGCAAAAAGCAGCCAAAACAAAGAGGCUUCUCGUGCAACUUCUGCAACAAAAACUUCUCCACAUCGCAGGCCCUGGGGGGACAUCAAAACGCACAUAAACAAGAGCGUGCAAUAGCAAAACGACGUAAGGAGAUGGGCAUGGGGGCUUUAGGGCAUCCUCAUCAUUUGUCUUAUUAUCCUUCUUCAACUUUAUCUCAUCAAAUCCCUCUCUAUGGAUCAUAUACUAAUAGAUCACCUCUCGGGGUCAGUGUUCACUCUCCGAUGAUUCGAAGGCCAGCCACCGCCACCUUUCCGUGGAUCCCACUCCGUGAUCGGUGUGGCAAUGGACAAUUGUUGAUGAAUUCAUCAAGGCUAGAUUACGAAAAACUCAGACAGCAUGGUUUGAUGCAGCAGGCAAAGGGUUUAAGCAUUGCAGCAAAUAACAAGCCUCCUAAUGGUGGAGACUAUCUUAAGGGAAAAAGUCCAUUACAAAGUGAUAAUGAGGACGAUCGUUCAUCUAAACUUGAUUUAUCUCUCAAGCUUUAG